ACCUCCUUGACACACACACCGGGUCACGUGACAGAUCCUGCACAUUUUAAAAAGAACGGGAAAUCCUUCAAUUCACACCAGGGCUUCACCGAGGUGGCUAAAUGACUCCCCGGUGCCAGUUGACCGACUUUCGCACCUUCGCAGCCCUUUUGUGCAAUUGUCAGAGGAGCGUCAACGGAACAACGCGCUGAACGCACCAACGACACAUGAGACUUCAUAAUCAAACCUGUUGACUGGGGCCCCGUCCUAAUUUUUGUCCCCGUUUAUAUUCUUAUACGAAGUUGAUCUACAGUCUGCAGAUAAAUCAAAUUGGAGGGCGAAAAGUGGGGCUAACCUCUGUCAUUAUUAAUAUUUGCUCGGGAUGGCAGUUAACUUUAGAUGCGCAGUUCAAGCCUUAGUUUUACUGGGCUGUGUGAUUAUCCUCAGUAACGUGCUAUGUCCCGUUGGUGCGUACCUCUACAACAACCGCUAUGCAGGUGAUCAAGUCUUCAGGAUAACUCCCAGCAACAAAGAGGAGGUUCAGGUGCUGAAGAAACUCCUGGGAAACAUCAAGGUGGACCUAUGGCAGCCCAACAGUGCCUCUCUGAUCCGACACAAUGCCACUGUGGACGCGCACGUGAGACGGAACGACACACGAGGGCUACGGACACGCCUCCAGAAAGAACACAUAGAUUUUAAGGUGUACAUAUCUAACCUUCAGAAGGAAAUUGAAAAGCAGACGGGACAUCGUUCUUCCCGCAAGAGGAGGUCUGAAUCCCAAUAUGACUAUGAGGUGUACCACUCUCUGGAGGAGAUCCAGAGUUGGAUGUUUGAGAUGAACAGGACCCAUCCUCACCUGGUGGACAUGUUCUCUAUAGGGAGGUCAUAUGAAGGCAGGCCCCUCUAUAUACUUCAGCUAGGAAAGAGAACACGGCCCUAUAAGAAGGCCGUGUGGAUAGACUGUGGGGUCCACGCCAGAGAGUGGAUCGGACCAGCCUUCUGUCAGUGGUUUGUCAAAGAGGCUCUGCACUCCUACCAGUAUGACUCUGUGAUGAGACGACUGAUGAACCAGCUCAACUUCUACAUCAUGCCUGUCUUCAAUGUUGACGGAUAUCACUUCAGCUGGACUACGGAUCGUUUCUGGAGAAAAACCAGGUCCAAAAACGCCAAGUACCACUGCAGAGGUGUUGACGCCAACAGGAACUGGAAAGUCAAGUGGUGUGAGGAGGGUGCAUCCUCCCAGCCCUGUGAUGACACAUACUGCGGACCUUUCCCCGAGUCCGAGCCGGAGGUCAAGGCGGUUGCCAAGUUUCUGCGGAAGCACAAGAAGCGUGUCAAGGCCUACAUCUCCAUCCACGCCUACGCCCAAAUGUUGCUCUACCCCUACUCCUAUAAAUACGCCACCAUCCCUAACUUUAACUGUGUGGAGUCAGCUGCACACAAUGCAGUGACUGCCCUGUACUCUGCCUAUGGAGUGAGGUAUAGAUAUGGACCUGCCUCCACCACCCUGUAUGUCAGCUCAGGCAGCUCCAUGGACUGGGCCUAUAGGAACGGGAUCCCUUAUGCCUUUGCCUUUGAACUGCGGGACACAGGCUACUUUGGCUUCCUGUUACCUGAAGCCCUGAUCAACCCCACCUGCACUGAGACCAUGAGAGCAGUGAAGACCAUCUCAUCAGGCCUACUGAAGAAGUGUGAGACAGGGAUGCAUGAGCUGGACAGGGAGAGAUAUCCAUAUCUUUGAGAUAUACAGACAAUUAUCUCUGCAUCUGCGGGCGGCAGGUUAUUGUGUCAAAAAGGAUUAUGCAAGCCUUAAAGGGAUAGUUUGGGAUUUGAUCUACUUACCUAGAGUGAGAUUAAAAUGUUUAUGUAUCUGCAUGCAGUUUGAAAGAAGUUGCUACCUAGUGUUAGGGCAAUUGCUAACUUGCUUUAGCGCAAUGACUAAGUCUAUGGGAACAGCUAGCAUGCUAGCUGUUCCUAUAGACUUCCAGUCAUUGCGCUAAUGCUAAUUAGCAUUGUCUCUUGAAAUUAUCUCUAACGUCCUUCAUAUUGGAUGCAGAUACAUACAAAUCCCGAGCUAUCCCUUUAAUGUUUACCCAAGAGUGGUCACACUCCCUUUUAUGUCUGUAUGUUAGAGGCUAUAAUAGUGGUACUUGAAAAUGACCUCAAACAAUUAUUUAGAGGUCAGAUGACAUAACUUCACCUUGAACUAAAAUAACUCAACUAUUUACAAAGUGUACAGUUGACAUAAGCACUUGAAUGCCAUUUUCAAGAGACUGAUAUUGCAUUUCACAGCACUUUUUUAAAACCAAGACUUUCCCUUGAACUUACUGUUUUCACCCUUCAAAACGUCACUAUCUGGAGCACCAUCAGCUAAGUGCUCUAGAUGUCUUCCAAAUGUAUUUGACAUUAAUUGCGGUAGAACAUCAGCUUAUUUAGCAAAGCAAAUUUAGUUUCUAUGGUACAAACAACAAGAAUGCCUGUAGUAUCAUUAAAGGGAUUGUUCACCCAAAUGACAAAAUUACACAUUGGUUUCCUUACCCUGUUAGCAGUCGAUGGACAAGGUAUGACGGCACUCAAAGUUUUAGUUUUGUUUAGCUGGCCAGUGUUUUGAAAUACUAACUUUUAUCUAAUGCAAGUCAAUGGUACAUAUAUUAACAUUUUCACGCUUCAUGUCCAAGUCAUCCUAAAGUAUCAAAAAUGUAUUGUGUAACUCAAUUAACUUACUAACAGAUCAUUUGGACAUGAAGCGUGAAAAUGCUAAUAUAGCUACCAGUGACAUGCAAUAGAUUUUUCCACUAAUGCAAAAAAAGUUAGCAUUUGAAACAGUGGCCAGUUAUACAAAACCGAAGCAUGGGUUGCUGUCAUACCUUGUCCAUAGACUGCUUAACUGGUGAGCAAAUGUGUCAUUUGAGGGAACUUUUCCUUUAACAAACUGCCUUCAAAUGGACUUUACAUCUCUUUAUGCUUUUCAGUUGCUGACUUAUAUAGUCAGUGGUAAAGGACACAUUUCUAUCAUUUUUUAAAGAGGAAAUGUUUACUUUUGAUAGAAAGUGCCCAGGACAUUUACUGAAUUGUAAUAAACAGAAUUUCUUUUUUAUGAGGUUGUCACAUGUGGAUACUUUCGUUGUCAUUACUAACAUUAUACAAUAACAUAGUUUGACGUAACAGGAGUGUAAUAUCAUGUGUGGUAGUGUAACAGGGAUGCAGCAACAUAUGUUUUCAAGGGAAGCAAUGAAGCAAGUUCACAAGGUCCAAAAAACACAUUGGCUCAACCUCCUCCCAAUCUUGUCUCUUGCAGUUUUUUGUUGUUGAGAACUGUCUGCUUUUGUUAUUUCCAUAGUAAUGAGCAAGUGUCUGUUUUCCCCUGUAAGUCUAGCUUGUUAUUAAUUCAUUCUAACAAGACCCAGCAUGCCGUGUUUCUGGGGCCCUGCAACUACACACUCAUAUACCACCCCGUUUAAUCCAAUCAUUGUGUAUUUGUGCAAACAGUUGCUGCCCACUCUCACAAUUGACAAAGAUUAAUUUGGAGCAAUUAUUAUUCCAAUUUGAUGUGGAUGACAAUGAUGACUUGGCACCAGAUAGAUCAGAGUUAGGUUUCUUUCUACUUCUAAAGUUGGUGUUCUCCCUCCCUCACCCCGCCACCCCAAAACACUCUUGGUCACAACGCUAAAUCAUUAAUGAAGAAGGAUCCUUGUACUAAAUGUUUUGUCUGUCUCUUUGCUAGACAUCCUGUGUGUGUGUGAGAGACUGCAUGUGUGAGACUAGUAAGAAUGUAGUGGGAUUGUCCCUCUUGCCUCCCACCUGGGUGUAAAGUGCUAGUAGUUGCUCUGGAAAAGCAACCGAGACACAGAGAGACGUUCAUCUUCAAAAUUGUCAGGUG